ACGUGACAUUUUGUUACGCGCACGGUUCGCUUUAUUGACGCAUUUAUGAGUAAAGUAGCCGUUACCGGAGGGAGCAUACAAAUCAUUAGAUUGACUCUGAGCUUGCUAGCUCUCUCUCUUUGUGUUUGUACUCCGAUGUCUUUGGUGCUUACAAGCGACAGCGACCUUGCAAGUAUUAUCGCAGGCGUUGCAUUUUAUACUUCUUUGCACUAGUAUUUAGACACUUCGUGAAAGCAAUCUGAGAGAUUUCCAGCUGAACUCCCAUUUGUCCACACUGGCCAGUAUCCACAAGAUCUACCACACCCUGCACAGGCUGAACCUGACAGAAGACGUCGGCCCAGAGACCCAGGGCUCAGCCUGCUGCUCCAGAGCCAUGCCCCCCAGGAAAAAGAGAAGACCCACUGCCGGAGAUGACUUAUCUGCCAAGAAGAGCCGACAGGACAAUGUUUACAGAAAGCAGGAGACAUUACAAAUCCAGGAGGCAGAGGCUUUCUCUAGCAAGAGAUGUCUGGAGUGGUUCUAUGAAUAUGCAGGUUGUGAUGAUGUGGUGGGACCAGAGGGGAUGGAGAAAUUCUGUGAAGACAUUGGAGUGGAACCUGAAAAUGUGGUGAUGCUGGUAUUGGCAUGGAAGCUUGAUGCACAGAGUAUGGGUUACUUCACUUUACAGGAGUGGCUCAAGGGAAUGGGCUCAUUGCAGUGUGACUCUACUGAAAAACUCAGGAACUCCUUAGACUACCUGAGGUCUGUCCUCAACGACGCCACCAGUUUCAAGCUCAUUUACCGAUAUGCCUUCGACUUUGCCAGGGAGAAGGAUCAGAGGAGUUUAGACUUGAAUACUGCCAAGUGCAUGCUGGGACUUCUGCUCGGGAAGACCUGGCCACUGUUUCCAGUGUUUAACCAGUUUCUAGAACAAUCCAAGUAUAAGGUUAUAAAUAAAGAUCAAUGGUGCAAUGUUCUAGAAUUCAGUAGGACUAUCAACCUUGACCUCAGUAACUAUGACGAGGAUGGGGCUUGGCCAGUGCUGUUGGAUGAAUUUGUGGAAUGGUAUAAAGACAGAGAAAUGUCGUAGCGACGACUUCCUCGUUCACCUCCAUCAACAACUAGAAAUCAAUCGCCAACAAUCACCACGACAAUGACGACAGAAACGGCUUUGAAACAAACAUCUAGAAAACAAAGUACAAAUGAAAACCGAAGUGUUUGGGAGACUGUUGGUGGCCCCUGGCAGUGAGGGCCAAGCGUAUGAGUGUUUGCAUAGAAUGUAAUUAAUGCACAUGUUUGUAUGUUGCCCUUUUAGCCUGGGCCAUAGGAGGGUCACUGGUGGUUGUGUGUUGGAGAAACAACAUUCCACCAACUUCACCUAGCCCCUCUAGCCCACAUUGCAUUGUGGGCAAGCACACGGCCAGCUUUUGGGCCGCCUUCCCACCCCACUGUGAUGUUUCAUAUUGCUGUGAAUGUUUCCAUAGGCUCUUGUGCGGAGGAUGCAUUAGGCAGGAUAGAUAAAACUCCCAUAUUGUCUGAGGUCUUAAGAAAGGAAGGAAAAAGUAAGAACAUCUGCUUGACUGUUUACUAAAGUAACCUUUGAGAGUGUCGCUCUGCUGAUGUGGUCCAAACACUGUUUACUAUGGUUGGCAUGUUGGAAGAUGUGGACAGUCAGAACAUGCUACCAUAGCUAUAUAGUGUCCUUUGCCAUUCUUACCGGAUUUUGUUGUCGCUUAAUAAACGCACCACAGGUAAGCGUGUAGAUGACAUUUUUCUACUAUGAAGAAGCACUUAAUUUUGUUUUUUGUAUCAGUAUCACAACACCAGUUUCUUUUCUUAAUACCCAUUAAAAGAUCAAAGAGAA